GCUUAUGUUCUCUUGCACUCUGCCUCCAGACCUAUAAGAGCCUGUGCCCUGCACCGGAAAACUCUAGGGUAAAAGGGGAAAGAGAGUGAGCAAAGGAUACUGGCAAAGGGGAAGCACCAUGCCUGAGUCUACUAACUUGAGGCUACGUCUGCCGCUGUUAUGCAUCAUCUUGGAAGUCAUUCUCAUCAUCCUCUUUGGGACGCUGGUGGAGUAUAAUGACGACACUGAUGCCAAGCUGUGGAAUAAAAACAAAAACCAUAAUGCUACUAGACAUGAUUAUGAGAAUGAGUUCUACUAUCGUUAUCCCAGUUUCCAGGAUGUUCAUGUCAUGAUCUUCGUGGGCUUCGGAUUCCUAAUGACGUUCCUGCAGCGUUAUGGGUUCAGUAGUGUCGGCUUUAACUUCCUCAUCGCAGCCUUUUCCCUACAGUGGGCCACACUUAUGCAGGGAUUUUUCCACGGCUUGCACCAUGGCAAGAUCCAUGUUGGUGUGACUAGCAUGAUAAAUGCAGACUUCUGCACUGGUUCUGUGCUGAUCUCAUUUGGCGCCGUUUUGGGGAAGACCAGUCCUGUGCAGCUACUUGUAAUGGCCAUUUUUGAGGUGACAUUGUUCGCCGUCAAUGAGUUCAUCCUGCUUUCUAUCCUUGGGGUCAAUGAUGCUGGAGGAUCUAUGACCAUUCAUACAUUUGGUGCAUACUUCGGCCUAGUGGUGACCCGUGUCCUGUACAGGCCAAACCUGGACAAGAGCAAACAAAGAAACUCAUCUGUCUACCACUCUGAUCUUUUUGCUAUGAUCGGUACCAUCUAUCUGUGGAUGUUCUGGCCCAGCUUCAACUCAGCCAUUACAAAUUACGGCGACCCCCAGCACAGAACCGCCAUGAACACUUACUACUCUCUGGCUGCCUGCACACUGGCUACAUUCGCUUUCUCUGCCCUAGUCAACCCAGAAGGCAAAUUGGACAUGGUGCACAUUCAGAAUUCCGCUCUGGCUGGUGGUGUUGCUGUGGGAACAGCUGGAGAGAUGAUGCUGACUGCAUUUGGCUCUAUGAUUGUGGGAUUCCUAGCUGGAACUAUUUCAGUACUGGGAUACAAAUACCUCACGCCCAUUUUGGAAUCAAAACUGAAGAUCCAGGACACUUGUGGCAUUCAUAACCUGCAUGGAAUGCCAGGGGUUCUGGGAGCUGUGGUGGGUGCCAUCACCUCUGCCAUGGCAUCUAAAGAGGUGUAUGGAAAUGGACUGGGGAGAGUUUUCGCUGAUGCUAAAGAUGAUAAAUGGGACCCUCAAUCUAGGGGUGGAUUUCAGGCUGUUUCCCUGGCUGUCACACUAGCAGUGGCUCUGCUUGGUGGUCUAGUUACAGGGUUCAUUCUGAAGCUGCCCAUCUACGGUAGUCCUCCAGAUACUCACUGCUUUGAGGAUGGACUCUACUGGGAGAUACCAGGGGAGGAGGAAGGUCAUAAUGAGCUUAAAGAAGUGGCCUCAUCAAAUGAAACAGAAAAACUCAGCAGCUAAAUUAACUGCGUUCACCAGUUUGCAUUUGUUCAUUACUGCAUUAACCUGCACAAGUCCCAUCACUUGUGAUGUUCGCUGCAGGUGUCAUUUAUUUUACUUAAACUCUUAAAAUAAAAUGGUAAACUUUG